AUGCUCGACUCCCUUACCAUCCUCGCCAUGGCCGCAGAAGCCGUACAGCGGUCUGAGUCACUUGAGCUUGAACGAGAAUUUACCAUCAGACGACCUCGAACCACCGAUAUUCCCCUCCUCGCGCAAGUCGAGCGUUCUGCUGCCCAGAUAUACCGAACUGUCGACCUAGAUUCUCUCGCAGACGGCGCCACCCUCGAUCCGUAUAUCCUCAUCACCAUUGCAAACGCUGGAUACCUCUGGGUAGCUGUAAAUCGAUUCGACCAGCCAAUAGGCUUUUUGGGAGGGAACUAUCUGUCUGGCAACUUCCACAUCAUCGAGCUGUCAGUAGCCCAAGAGUAUCAGGGUCGUGGCAUUGGAAGCGCGCUGGUGGCAACCAUGUCGCAGCAGGUCAGACAGGAAGGAUACAGAUCUAUUACCCUGACAACAUUCAAAGACCUGCCAUGGAACGCCCCAUGGUACGCCAAGUUGGGAUUUGCUGAAGUCAAGGUACACGAAAUGGGGAAGGAGUUUGAGAAACUUGUGGAGAGUGAAGCACGACAUGGUCUUGAUCCAAAGCGGCGCUGUGUGAUGAGGAUGGUAUUCUGA